AUGGAAGCUCUUCCUGAGCUUCGAGUGCUCGUCUUGAAGUCUAACAAGUUUGAUGGUAACAUGUCGUUGGCUUCACGAAGCAACCUUCCAUUUCCUAAGUUGCAAGUUUUAGAUAUAUCAGAGAACGAAUUUGUGGGGUCUUUACCUCAAAAAUAUUUCAAGAAUUUCAGAGCAAUGAUGGAUGUGAAGGAAAAUCAAACAAAUCUAACACCAAGUGAUGAUGAUGAUGAUCGCAACUUUCUAUUUUUUUUGGAGAUGAGAAUCACCUUGAAAGGUCUCGAUCAGCUAUUGAGGAGAUUGUUGAAAACCUUUACAACCAUUGACUUAUCCUCCAACAAUUUCUCUGGUAGUAUUCCAGAUUCCAUAGGUAAUCUGAAUUCUUUGAGAUACUUGAAUUUGUCCCACAAUAAUCUCAUGGGACACAUACCUGCAUCUCUUGGAAAUAUAAGUGUGCUUGAAUCAUUGGACUUGUCAUCGAACAAAUUGGAUGGAGGAAUUCCAAGUGAACUGACAAGCUUGACAUUUCUUGCGAAAUUAAACCUGUCAAUGAAUAAUCUAGUGGGGCAAAUACCACAAUCUACUCAGUUUUCCACAUUUGAGAAUGAUUCAUACGUGGGAAACAUGGGAUUGUGUGGAUUUCCUUUAACAAGAAAAUGCAACGAUGAGAACAGAUUGUUUUUCUAUUGCUACUCGUGA